UCCCCCAGCGGUCCGCACUCGGGGAGGCGGGUGGGGGCUGGCGGUGCGGCGAGGUCGGUGCGCAGCUCCCGCGGCGAGUCGCUCGGGCGCUGUCCAGGCGGAGCCGGCCCGGCCUGGGCUGCAGCCAUGAUCAAGCGUUUCCUGGAGGACACCACCGAUGAUGCAGAACUGAACAAGUUCGUGAAGGAUUUCCCAGGAAGCGAGAGCUGCCACCCACCGGAGGCCAAGACCUGGGGGUCCAGGCCCCAGAUCCCGGAGCCGAGGCCCCAAACCCCGGAGCUCUAUGAGGAUGACCUGGAGUUCAGACCCCCGUCAUGGCCCCAGGCCUCUGACAGCCAGCAGUACUUCUGUGCCCCAGCCCCUCUCAGCCCCUCUACCCGGCCCCGCAGCCCUUGGGGCAAGCUCGAUCCCUAUGACUCCUCUGAGGAUGACAAGGAGUAUGUGGGCUUUGCGACCCUGCCCAAUCAGGUGCACCGCAAGUCAGUGAAAAAAGGCUUUGACUUCACCCUCAUGGUGGCAGGAGAGUCUGGCCUGGGGAAAUCCACCCUGGUCAACAGCCUCUUCCUCACAGACCUAUACCGGGACCGGAAGCUCCUCAGUGCUGAAGAGCGGAUCAUGCAAACCGUGGAGAUUACUAAGCACGCAGUGGACAUAGAGGAAAAGGGUGUGAGGCUGCGGCUCACCAUUGUGGACACACCAGGCUUUGGCGAUGCAGUCAACAAUACAGAAUGCUGGAAGCCUGUGGCAGAAUACAUCGACCAGCAGUUUGAGCAGUAUUUCCGAGACGAGAGUGGCCUGAACCGCAAGAACAUCCAAGACAACAGGGUGCACUGCUGCCUGUAUUUCAUCUCACCCUUCGGCCACGGGCUCCGACCAUUAGAUGUUGAAUUCAUGAAGGCCCUGCAUCAGCGGGUCAACAUCGUGCCUAUCUUGGCUAAGGCGGACACACUGACACCUCCUGAAGUGGAUCGCAAGAAACGCAAAAUCCGGGAGGAGAUUGAGCACUUUGGAAUCAAGAUUUAUCAGUUUCCAGACUGUGACUCUGAUGAGGAUGAAGACUUCAAAUUACAGGACCAAGCCCUAAAGGAAAGUAUCCCAUUUGCAGUCAUCGGCAGCAACACUGUGGUAGAAGCCAGAGGGCGUCGAGUUCGAGGGCGGCUCUACCCCUGGGGCAUUGUGGAAGUGGAGAACCCAGGGCACUGCGACUUCGUGAAGCUGAGGACAAUGCUGGUGCGCACGCACAUGCAAGACCUGAAGGACGUGACGCGGGAAACCCACUAUGAGAACUACCGGGCCCAGUGCAUCCAGAGCAUGACCCGCCUGGUGGUGAAGGAAAGGAAUCGCAAGUAUGACCAAAAGCCAGGACAGAGCUGGCAGGGGGCAUCCCAAGGGCAGCCUUGGGGGAGACCCAGCCCUACCCUUGCUCUUCCGCAGGCCCUGGGCUCAAUCCAAGCAGGUGCUUACCAACACUCUUUUCCCCUCUCCCUCAGCAAGCUGACUCGAGAGAGUGGUACCGACUUCCCCAUCCCUGCUAUCCCACAGACAGAUCCAGAAACUGAGAAGCUGAUCCGAGAGAAAGAUGAGGAGCUGCGGCGGAUGCAGGAGAUGCUACACAAAAUCCAAAGGCAGAUGAAGGAGACACAUUAACUGGCUUUCAACCCUGGAUAUUUAAAUCUCCUCCUCCAGCCCAUGCCAGCCCCUCCUAACACAAGCUCUGCUCAGGCCCCUCGCAGCUACUGCCACUUCGCCUUACAUCCCUGCUGACUUUCCAGAGACUCAGAGGAAAUAAAGUUAGUAACUCUCUA